UCGCACUGCGCCGGCAACCGGUCGGCCCACACAAGGUUACGAUGAUAAUAGCGGCUCUCAUACUCGUCGCGCUUGCCGCGCUGUAUUAUUACAACACAAGGACAUUCAACUACUGGAAAGACAGAGGCGUGAAACAUGACAAACCUGUGCUCCUAUUUGGGAAUAAUCUGAGUAAUUAUCUCCAGAAAAAAAGUGUCACAGAAAUCGCAACGGAGAUGUAUUUCAAAUAUCCCAAUGAAAAGAUCGUCGGGUUCUUCCGAUCUACACGCCCGGAGCUCGUGAUUCGAGACCCAGAUAUUAUGAAGAAGAUCCUGACGGUUGAUUUCAUCCAUUUUUAUCCACGAGGUUUGAAUGCACAUAAGACCAUUAUAGAGCCAAUGAUGCGGAACUUGUUCUUUGCGGAUGGAGAUCUGUGGCGCUUGUUGAGGCAGCGCAUGACGCCGGCGUUCACGAGCGGCAAGCUGAAGGCAAUGUUCCCGUUGAUCGUGGAGCGCGCUGAGAGGCUGCAGGAGCGCGCACUCGCGGCUGCCGCCAGCGGCCGUACCGUCGACGCUCGUGACCUCAUGGCUCGCUACACUACCGACUUUAUAGGUGCCUGUGGUUUUGGACUCGAUGCCGAUUCUAUAAACAACGAGACCUCUGCUUUCAGAAAAUUAGGCCAUAAAAUAUUCGACGUAACAAUCAAGGACGCUAUCGUAGCGAUGUUCAAAGAAGUUUUCCCACAAGCUUGUGCUCGUCUGAAAUAUAUGGGUAAAAUGGAGCAAGAUCUGAUUGACCUGGUAAACGAAAUACAAAGGCAAAGAAAUUAUGAACCAUCUGGAAGAAAUGACUUUAUUGACUUGCUCUUGGAAAUUAAAAAGAAGGGAACAAUGGUUGGCGAAUCGAUAGAGAAGUUUAAACCAGAUGGAACCCCAGAGGAAGCUACGAUAGAAUUAGAUGAAAUACUAAUGGCUGCUCAAGUGUUUGUAUUUUUCGCAGCCGGUUUCGAAACGUCAUCUUCAGCUACUAGCUUCACACUCCAUCAGUUAGCAUUUAAUCCUGAUGUUCAAAAGAAAGUGCAAAGCGAAAUUGAUCGUGUAUUAGCAAAGCAUGAUAGCAAAUUGAGCUAUGACGCAAUAAAAGAAAUGACUUACUUAGAAUGGUGUUUCCGGGAGGCCAUGAGAAUGUUUCCUUCGCUUGGGUUUUUAAUUCGAGAAUGUGCUCGAACAUAUACGAUACAAGAAGUAGAUGUGACAAUAGACGAGGGUACUGGUAUAAUAAUUCCGCUACAAGCACUGCACAAUGACCCUACAUUCUGGGAUCAACCUGAAGAGUUCCGGCCGGAAAGAUUCCAUCCAGAUGAACUCAAUUCAAUCCAAAAACAAGUUUACCUGCCUUUUGGCGAGGGACCGAGAGUUUGUAUAGGCGAACGUUUAGGUCUGAUGCAGUCAAUGGCUGGACUGGCCGCCAUCUUAUCAAAGUUCACAGUGGCACCCGCUCCUGAAACGAUAAGGAAACCGAGAGUGGAGCCAAAAUCUUCUAUUGUGCAGGGUAUCCGAGGGGGUCUCCCGCUCUUGUUCAAGGAAAGGAAGGCUGUGUAGCUGAUAGCUUGUUUACCUGGUAAUAGCUUGCCUAAUGACUAGAGAAUACUAUCUCCAAGUGCCUAAGUGUGACUGAUCUAGUGAUUUUAACGUUUCUAAGAGCCACUUGCACCAUUCAACUAACCCGGGGUUCAGUUCAGUUCAAAUAUAUUUAUUUCUCUAAGAUUAUAAAUCACUUAUACGAGAAACAAACAAUGUUUUAGUAAUAACAUAAAUUACAGGUAAUCCAUAAACGAGCAUAACAUUUUCAAUAAAAAUGGAUGUCGGUAUUUUUAAAUUCACUUAAUUAACCGUGUUACCCGGUUAAUCUUGGAAUUACCAUGGUUACCAGUACAAUUUGACACUGGGUUAACGGUUUAACCGGUUAAUCCCGGGUUAGUGGGUUGGUGCAAUUGGCGCUAAAGUAGGUAGUUGAGAUGAUUAUAUUAUAAGUAUGUAUUAAUAGUAACUGGCAUGCACUAUUACAUUUGUAUGAGUAACUGUGGCGAUAGGUAUUCCCCAUUGUUUUCUUUUAAGUGCACUAUAAGGACGAAAUAUUUAUUAUUUUUCUUCUAUUAUUGUCUUAUACAAGGUGUAACAAAAAUAGUAGGCAUCCAUUAAAGGGCAUAUUCGGUAUCGUGGUCUACAUAUAGCGCAUAUUUGUAAUGCGAAAUUUUUUUUCUACCACUAUGCAGCUUGUUUAAAGCCAUAUUUUUUAUUCGGUAGACUAAAAUGACAUUUCAUACUAUGAAAUGGCAUUUUAAGUUCAUACUAGGAAAUGUCAUUUUAGUCUACGGAAUAAAAAAAAUAGUAUUUAAGUCAUUCAGGAUUGGACUAGACAGGUUGGCAAUACAUAUAAUUGCCAAAAAUUUUAACAUGCAAAAUUUCCUAAUCACGAUACCCUAACAGAUUCCCACUAUUUUUGUUACACUUUGUAUAAUUGUCGCGUCAUAGGUACCUCAACAUAUUGCCCCUGCUAUUCUCAAUCGUCUAUGUGAGCAAUAAAAAACUAUAACCCACUAUAAACUUAAGAUAAAACAGCAAAAUAAAGCUAUAAAUAAACAUGAUUCACAUCUAUCUAGAUAAUUGUGCGUCAAAAUAUAACAGGUUAUCAUGACAUUAAACCACAAUGUUUAUGUUAAGCUUCCAUAAUAUAUCUAGCUGUAAUAGGUAUCACAAUAUAUACAUAUGUAUGUGCCAGUUCUGAUAUGAUGAUAAUAAUUAUAUCUGUUAUUAUCCGCUGUGUGAUAUUAAAAUAAGAAUAUAAUUUAAGUAUUUUGCGGUGGGUAUAAUUUAAAAUCGAUCCCCAGAUAAAUUUAAAUUAUUUAGAUUGGUCACUUAAAUAAUGAAGGAUGACUCACGGUAGACCGGGUCGGGCCCGGGCCGAUGCGUCCGAUACGUCGGCUGAUCGGUGAUCACGUGGUGCUUUCCAUAGAAAUAGAAGCGUUAGAAGCUCCGGCUUGGCUCCGGGCUGGUCUAGCGUGAAUCAUCCUUAUAUCUGUUACUAAAAUUGAAUCAUCACCUCAUUUCAAAACUGUUAGGUACUUAAAAAAAUUGUUAAAAUCUGUCGCAAAUAAUAUCGAUCAACAUAAAUUAGUUAACAAAAUAAAAGAUCUGGCUCGUAUUUAGUAUACACAUUUGCAUUCAUUUGGUAACUCAAGUUUGGAGACCGUUUUGUUUAAAACGAUGACAAAUAAAUAUUAUGUUUCCAUUUUAUAACGUUAUACGGUCAGUGUGGGUCUGUGGGGCCACCAUUAGGUACAAUAAUAUUCAUACUGGUGAUAAUUUAUGUAGGUAACUAACAAACAACAGACGGUUUUAAUCAAAUUAUACGUAAUACAUAAAACUUAUAUCUUUUUUGUUUCUACAGGCUUAUAAAACUUAUAAAUUUAAUCUCCCAGUGCUAUAAGCUGUUUAUUAUCUUAUCUUUACAAGGUAUUGUCUAGUACAAACAGCAACACUCUUAUCUGUCCUUAUGCAUUUUGUAAUAAGGUUUAUGAAUUGCCAGUUAACAGUGUGGGCGAUGGUACUAGUUUAAUCGAACGAGCGAGCGAAGCGAAGUUCUUACAUUCGACUUGGAUCACGCGGCUGGCUAGCGGCACGUCCCGGCAUUUCGAUGGUUUUAAACUGAACUGUCAGAAGAUAGUUUGAUACUCAAGAACUUAAGUAAAUUUGUUCUAAUUUAAAUGAAAUUAGGUACACGUGUAGUUGAGGGCAUUAUAUUUUAGUCAUUAAAUUAUGAGCAGGCUGGAUCAAGGGAUUAUUGAGGUAGAAGAGCUUAAAAGGCCAAAAAGCUGUUUGUGAGAGGUCUUGCUAUUCUGGUCAUUUUAUUUGCAAAAUACAUGGUCGAACUUAGUAUCAAAUGAAAGUGCUCGGUUUGCACUUUUAUAAUAUCGUUUUUAAAUUUACCAUUUUGAAAUAAUUAGCAAGAUAAAAAUAAAAUAAUAUAAACAUAAUAUAGGUAUUUGACAUUUGACAGGAAAUAUUUCGGCUUAGCACAGAUACAGUUUAUUUUAAUCUCUAUGAUGACUUAAAUCCAGGGGAGGGACAGUCGUACAUAAAGCACUUUAUUCGAAAAAAUAGCGACAUCUAUAUUACUUAACACUAAACAUCUUUUUUUAAUAUGGCUUCACUUUAUUUCGUCAGAAUGUCUUAAAAGUCUUAUAUAUCCAGGGCAUGGAUCAAACAAUAAAACAUCUGUUAGAACAGAUUAUUUAUGGCCAUCGUUGCCAUGGAGGCGAUUGUCACAAAAAACAACUUUGUCAAAUAAAACCCAAAAUAAUAUAACACCCCAUUUAAUGUCUGUUCUACGACAUAAUUCAGAUAAAUAAAAAUACUUCCAGUUUCACAAUGUUAACAGAAACAAAGUUUUCAUACGCCAUCACAGUUGCUGAGAACUUUAUUACCAAAAAAAUUUGAAAAAUAUUUGGCCGGUAGUUUCACAACCUGCUGCGUGUAAUUGUGGUUCGUGAUUAAUUGUGUGUUAUUCCAGCCGUGUAUGAUAGGUAAUUUAUUUAAGUACAUCAACAGUCAAGUUAAAAGUACCUAAUCUGUUUUCGUGUAUUAAUAAAAUAUGCCUGAAGCCUUUCUUCAAA